AGAACGUUUGCCUUGCGCGAUCUGGCAAAUUCUCUCUGUCCCAGCAGGCAAUGCACACACGGAGAGCGUACGCAGUGUUAACAGGCUAGGACAAGCUAGCAACGGAGGCUUGUGUGCUUUUCAAAACAUUCAAGAAAUAAAACCUAUAGUUUAUCCAAAAGAAGUCAAAGAAACAGCCUACGUGUCAUCAGCAGGAUUAGGGAUGGAGUUCCCUGUGGACGUGUUGGGAUCAGUGAGACUUGAGGAGGAGGAGCAGGCAGCAGAGGGCUACAUGACCCAGCUACGAUACAUCAUCCCCGACAAGGCCGAGAGCUUUACCCUGCCCAGCCACAGAAUGAUCUGUAUCAGUCUGUGUAAUGUUGGUUUUGUUCCCAUCUAUGGAGGAGACCUGAAGCAUAAGAUUCUGGCCCUGUUCGCCCCAGAGGACCAGCUCACAGCGGUAGCUUUGUUUCUGGCGGGUCAGUGGUGGUCUGUCGAGGACAUCCUCAGAACCUCCGACCCCUCCAGAACUGGCCUCCUCAAGGUGAGGAGUCUUGGUGAGCGGAUCGUCCUGUACAUUCUGAACCGUAUCGUGUACCGCGUGGGUGAGAUAGACAAACCUGAGGUGCCCUUCCUGUGCCACGGACAGAACCACCGGAUAUUGGAGGACCCAAAAAGGACCCAAAAAGCCGAUACCGAUUUAAUAGGCAGAUUUUUAUCAAGACAUGAACUAACAGAAUCUCUUCCUCUCUCUCCAGACAGCUUGUGUAAUGGCUUUGUAACCCAACGCUACCAGCUGCCUGUUAUGGACUCCAUCUUUAUCAGGAAGUGUCAUCGUGGAAACCGUCAUGGUCUGCAGAUGCUGGAGGACUUUGUGGACUCUUUCAAAGAUGACCAGCUCGGCCUGAAGUACCCUCUCUCUCUAACCAUGUAUAAAGUGUGUGGCCAGUAUCUGUGUCGGUACCCAGCUGACCAGGACCUGCUGUGGGUGGUAGAGGGAGUGGGAGGACCCUACCAGAGAGAGAGAGUGGCCAACAAGAUCAAAACACUGAAGGUGGUGCUUCCCGUGGUGACGGCUAAUGGAGAUCACCAAGCAGCCUCUCUGGACAGCACAGACAUCAACAUGGAAGAGGGCUCAGACAACUGUCUGGACAUCACCGUACGAGGAUGUUUGGUGCUGGAUAAGCCCCUCAAGUUAAUAGAAGCCCUGGAGGACACACCAGUGUCAACACAUACCUGGAGUAGUGGACCUAAAAAGCGUGGCAGAGAAGAGAUGGAAGACUCUGAGGAGGAGAGCCAGCCUCUGAAGAUGAACAGAUUGGAGGAGGCAGAGCCCACCACUACAGCUGUAGAGGGAGAGGAGGAGGAGGAGGAAGGAAGCGGGGGGGAUGAGACAGAGACUGGAGAAGCAGAGGCUGCUCUGUCCCCUAUAGAGGAGGCCAAAGCUCAGGAGGCUGAGGUCAAAGGAGAACUGACUGAUGACCAGGGAGAGGAGGAAGAGGUUGCCACACAGGAGCCUGAUGCUGUGCUGGAGAACAGAACGACAGAGGAAGAUGUGGAAAUGGAAGAGCAGGAUACGAAGGAGGAAGAUUCCAUUGAGGCUAAAGACACCGUAGAUGCAGCUCCUGUGGCAUCAGAGGAAUUGGCUGAGACGGAAGCUGUGGUGGUGGAGAAGGAGGCUCCUCUCCUGUUAGAAGAACCAGCCUCUGCUACAGAGAAGUCCACUCCGCCUGCAGAGCCAGCCCCAGCCCCAGCAGAGCCCUCCUUCUCUGGGGAGGUGAUUGAGGAGGCAGGCGAGGCCGCAGAUACACCCAUGGAAGGAGAGGAGGGGGCGGAGAAAGCAGUGAAGGAAGAGGAGAAAUCCAUGGAGGCGGCCAUCACAGUGGACAGCAGUAGCCAGGAAACAGUGGUCCAGAUAGGGGUAGCAGACCUGUCCUACCAGCCUCCGGAGGAAGGAGAGAACCAGCCUCUCACAGAGGAGGCGGCAAGAGAAGAGGUCAAAGGGGACGAAAAGAAAGAGGUAGAAGAGAUGGAGAACGUUACAACCACAGAGGAUGAGAAAGAGGAGGGAGAGAGUGAGAGCUCAGACGAGGGUGGCGACGGUAAGGUCCUUUGGAGGAGAGGCAGUGGCCAAGCGGCGGUGCCUAAACAUAAAUCUAAGAGACUGAGCAGAGUGGUCAUGGAGCCCGAGGAGCAGGGCACAGAGCAGCCGGAGGUCACGGAGGAAGAGGAGGAGGAGGAGGAAGCUAGAACGACAGAGGAGGAAGAGGGGGCUGUAAAGAAGAGCUUGGCUGAGGAAGAGGUGGAGGAAGAGGAGCAUCCACCAGUGGUUGAUCAGAGAGCAUUGAGGAGGAAGAGCCGACAGGUCCAGGCUCCAAAGAGAGCCAAAGGGAAACGACGCAGCAAGAUCUAAACACAGCAGACGUUGCAUUUAUAAAAACGCACACAAAACACAUGUUUAGAGGUGUGCAGUAAGGGAUGUUUUCUACCUGGUUUUAGGGUUUGUAAGGCAUCUAAAGUUAACAUGUAUUAUCUCUGUACAAUGUUGUUUAGAUUUUUACUUUAGGUGGUUUUAUGAAAGGUUUAAGUACAUGAAUACUCAAUACUCUGUUGCAAUAAGUCAAUGUGAAGUCUUUUUAAGGUUCAGAAUUGAUUUUAUUCUUGUUUUUAUUGCCUUGCUCUUUCAGUACUGACUGAGAUUGAGUUUCACAGGCCUGAUGUGGUAGUUUGAAGAUGAUUUUCAUUCUCUAGCUCAGUAAAAAAAAAUCCAAUAGCCUCGUCCUACACUGAGUCUGUGGUUGUUACAUUUAUACCAUUUACAGUAUUUAAAUAGUUUGGGUUGAAAUGCACCUCCUUAGUUUGGAGAUGUUGGAGUUAUUUGAUAAAAACAGUCAUUGAAGGUCUGUUCCAAUGAAAGCCAGCCGACCCAGUUGCUCUUGAAGACCAGGUUUUCCUACACCCCCUGUUUUCCUACACCCCCUGUUUUCCUACACCCCCUGUAAUAACAGUCACUUGUAUUACGGAAUGAAAUGUUCUAAAAAUACCAGGGGUUUUCUCCAUGUUGUCUUAUCUCUUCAGAUGUGCUGAAAUACUUUUUAUUUAGGAAAAAGCUGUGAAUGAACGUCAAUUAUAAUAUGUAAGUUGCACGGCACAGACGCACACAUGCACAUUGAUAUAUAAACGUGUAUACACACAACUAUAGUAUUUUGUGAAUAUACCCAGUAAUAGGAAAAAUAGAUUUGGUUAUUAUUGUUCUUGCCCAAGUAUAAUUCAAGAUUAUAAUUUAAACUUUAUCUUAUAUCUAAUAGCAUGUUUAAUUGCAAAUGUAUUGAUUUUAAGGGUAGAAUAUGUAUAUUACAGUAAGUAGAUAGCAGAAUUGAAGUGAAUGUGACUCUAUAUACCGGUGAUAUUUAUAUACACUGUUGUAUAAUGGCACAACAUUCACUGUUUACAAACACAAAUUUGCUACACAAGUUGAGCUAUUUCUGUGUGAAUUUGAUGCUGUCAUUGGCCGUGUCACUUCACUGGUAAAGGUACGUUGAGGCAAAGAUAAAGCAGAAUCUGUCAGUGGGCUAUUUAUGUUCCAUGGCUAUGGGUUAAUACACUGCUCCAAAAAAUAAAGGGAACACUAAAAUAACACAUCCUAGAUCUGAAUGAAUGAAAUAUUCUGAUUAAAUACUUUUUUUCUUUACAUAGUUGAAUGUGCUGACAACAAAAUCACACAAAAAUUAUCAAUGGAAAUCAAAUGUAUCAACCCAUGGAGGUCUGGAUUUGGAUGUCAGAAUGAGGCUCAGUAGUGUGUGUGGCCUCCACGUGCCUGUAUGACCUCCCUACAACGCCUGGGCAUGCUCCUGAUGAGGUGGCGGAUGGUCUCCUGAAGGAUCUCCUCCCAUACCUGGACUAAAGCAUCCGCCAACUCCUGGACAGUCUGUGGUGUAACGUGGCGUUGGUGGAUGGAGCGAGACAUGAUGUCCCAGAUGUGCUCAAUUGGAUUCAGGUCUGGGGAACGGGCGGGCCAGUCCAUAGCAUCAAUGUCUUCCUCUUGCAGGAACUGCUGACACACUCUAGCCACAUGAGGUCCUACGGCGUCUCCAGACUCUGUCACGUCUGUCACAUGUGCUCAGUGUGAACCUGAUUUCAUCUGUGAAGAGCACAGGGCGCCAGUGGCGAAUUUGCCAAUCUUGGUGUUCUCUGGCAAAUGCCAAACGUCCUGCAUGGUGUUGGGCUGUAGGCACAACCCCCACCUGUGGACGUCGGGCCCUCAUACCACCCUCAUGGAGUUUGUUUCUGACCGUUUGAGCAGACACAUGCACAUUUGUGGCCUGCUGGAGGUCAUUUUGCAGGGCUCUGGCAGUGCUCCUCCUGCUCCUCCUUGCACAAAGGCGGAGGUAGCGGUCCUGCUGCUGGGUUAUUGCCCUCCUACGGCCUCCUCCACGUCUCCUGAUGUACUGGCCUGUCUCCUGGUAGCGCCCCCAUGCUCUGGACACUACGCUGACAGACACAGCAAACCUUCUUGCCACAGCUCGCAUUGAUGUGCCAUCCUGGAUGAGCUGCACUACCCACUUGUGUGGGUUGUAGACUCCGUCUCAUGCUACCACUAGAGUGAAAGCACCACCAGCAUUCAAAAGUGACCAAAACAUCAGCCAGAAAGCAUAGGAACUGAGAAGUGGUCUGUGGUCACCACCUGCAGAACCACUCCUUUAUUGGGGGUGUCUUGCUAAUUGCCUAUAAUUUCCACCUGUUGUCUAUUCCAUUUGCAUAGCAGCAUGUGAAAUUUAUUGUCAAUCAGUGUUGCUUCCUAAGUGGACAGUUUGAUUUCACAGAAGUGUGAUUGACUUGGAGUUACAUUGUGUUGUUUAAGUGUUCCCUUAUUAUUUUUUUUAACAGUGUAUAUAGACCCUACACCUGGGUCAUAUUCACUAAGCACCAAACGAAAGAAGGAAACCUUAAACAGGGAGGGACUACCUGAGACUGGUUUUAGGCAACGUGUUUCUCUAUUAGUAUGACUGCUGUUUGUUAGCUAUAGCUGUGUCCAGGCUGGUCAUGUAAAAGCUACAUCGUAAAACACCUGGUGGAUCUCAAUAGUCUACAGGGGUUUUGUCUCCUUCGCUCUCCUUCACCUGGUACUGAUCUGAAAACAACUAGAGAUAAGUUAAAGCAAUAUGGCAGAAACCUACCUGGGGAUUUUCCACUUCCAGAUCAGUGAAGGAGACGAGGAGAGGAUGCCACUGUAUGCACCCCAUUUGUUGAUUGUGGAAAAUCAGUUUCAAACACCACUACACUUGUGGGUUGAUUCCUUUACGUAUGUUGCUAUCAUCCACCUGUUAAUACUCUGACCCCGGUCCCCCAAAAUGUGAAUCAAGGCUUAGUUUUAACUCGGCUGUGUAACAUUCCGUACAUCUAUGUUAGUUCUGGUUGUUUUCAAUUUGAAUGUGUCCUGGAUAUAAGGCAACAGCGGAGGGAGCCAGAGGAGGAGUCAUUGAGCUGCAUUUAGUUUAGCAUGGCCUCUACUAGUGUUUUCAGAUUCAGGUUGAUUAUAGAAGUCACCUCUUGGUGGUGCUCAUAUUCUGCCUUGGCUGCUGUGGUUCCCACUGUCUUCUGUGUCUAGGGUGGUUUUAUACAGACUUCCUAGAUAUCUACAGGCUUACCCCAGGGCUGUGUUCAGUGGCGUCCGAUGUUACAGAAGGUUAAGAUGGAAAGAGAUUCUGUUAGCUGGGCACAAGACAAUCCUGUCUGCAAUGUUCAGAACGUGGCACCUUCCUGAACGUACCCUAAUACUCUAAAUCUUAUUGACCUCAUUCACAACCAAUAGCCAGAAUAUGGCAGGCUUUAGUGUGUCUGUUCCAAAUGGCAAAUGAUUCCCUAUAUAGUCCACUAUAACCUUUUUAUUUAACUAGGCAAGUCAGUUAAGAACAAAUCUGAUUUAGAAUGACCCUAACCCGGAUGAAAUGAAUGGAGUGUUUACUUUCCUAUGAUUUGAAAAGAAAGAAAAAUGUGUGCCUUUUAUUUAAUGAUCCCUGCCUGUGUUAGGGACCUUGUUUUCCGUGUUGAGCUUGAACUAAUACGUAGAAUUUCAAAUCACCUGAAUUCACUGAGUUAUAGUAGAUUUAAACUAAUUCCUGCAUCUUGUGAUGUUACUGGACAUUUACUAUUGGUUCGUCAGCUGUUUUAGUAUGGACUACUGUUUAUCUUAAUAUAUCUUACUGAACGUCUUUCAGCCUAUGAAUUCCUUGUAGUUAAUAAACCAUUUUUUUCUGGAA